AUGGAUGAAGCUAAUCGUCGUCAAUUAGGUGAAGUAGACGGUAUUGAUAUAUUGUUGCAACAAUUAUCUGUUUAUAAACGAUAUGAUCCUGGAAGUCAAGAAGAAAUUGAAUUAAUGCUUAAUUUAUUCGAUUGUCUUUGUAGUUCACUAAUGUUGCCUGAGAAUAAAGAUAGAUUUUUAAAAGGUGAAGGUAUACAGUUAAUGAAUUUAAUGCUUCGUGAAAAACACAUGUCUCGCGACAGUGCUCUACGUGUUCUUGAUUAUACUUUAUGUCCAGUUUCACAAUUAAUGGAUCAAAAUACCAAUGAAUUACAAUCACAUCACACCAUUGCCAAACAUUAUAGAGCUGAAAGAUUUAGAUGUAACUUAAAGCUAUGA